AAAUCAAGCUACAUCAAAUCAAACGUUAAUUAGACUUAUGGCUUUGACAUCAAAAACAAUACUGGCCAUCACAAUUUUGGUGUUGGUAUUUGUUUGCAUGGUAUUUGUUCCAAGUUUAGCUCUUACACCUGCAUGCAUUGGACCAUGUGCAUCGAUUAAGAACAGUUGCCUACAACUUUGCCAAGAGCGGGGCUUUAUAACGGGCGCUUGUGUGCCAUCUCCUUCGCCUUUGUGUUGUUGUCAUGAUCAGCCGGCUAAUUUUUAAUACUUAUUUCUAAGGGUUUAAUAGUAUUUUAAUAAUCGUACAAGUUACCAAUUAUUGCUUGUAACCAUUUUUGGGAUAUUGAUGUUCAAUGUAGAUAUUGGGAU